AUGCAUACCGACACUUCAGGUCACCGUGGCAGCUUGGAGGGGAGGAGGGGGGCGGGAGUGCAUGCGCUGGAGCAGAGUCCGCAGAGCCGCAGGUCGGUGCGGCAGUUGACUUUUCGCAGGCCGCGGCUGCGUGACGCUGCUCCUCGAGAGGAAGCAGCAGGGGGGGGGCGAGCGGUCGGAAGGGAGCGCGGCGGCGGCGAAGCGGGGGACUCUGACAGCGCCCGCGCCUCCAGAACGGACGAAGGGGUAUCUUCGUCGUCGCAGGCAGACGCCAGCCGACCGCGCUCCCUCUACGCGAAGCUUUACGAGCGGCACAUUCAGAAGCGUCUGCGGAAAAGGCGAGACGUUGUCCGGCACGCCGCAGCUGGCGGGGAAGGCGUGCAGCGGCUCGAAGCCCGCGACGCCAGAGACAGCAACCCCGGGGGUCUCCCGCCCCGCCCAGGGGGCCACGAUGCGGAUCGCGCAGCUCCACGCAGAAACGCCACCGCCGAUAUCGCAGCCCGGCGGCGUGGGGAACGCGGCAGAAGGACGUCUGGAGACAGGAGGACUCCUGGCCGCCGCGGGGGUCCCCAUUCAGCCAGGGGCUUUGAGGAAGAAGGCGGGCGCGAGGUGCUCGCAGAGACUCCGCCACGCGGGGCGUCGUCUCCUCCCCAGGCAAGCCGAGAUGGCGACGACGCGUCUCCCCGGGCUACGCACGAGCCUCCCGCGUUCGACUGUGAGCCGGCCGCCGGCGAGCGUGUGCUCCCACAGGGGGGCGCUUCGGAGGACUCCUCGCCCCGUGCGUCUUCCCCCAGCGUGUCGCCUUCCACGGGAGGCGCGGGCGGGGACUUGCAGGCGUCCUCGCCUCAGCGGCUUCAUUCGGGCGCCAAGGGGCACGAGAGCGAGCCUGUCAGCUUAGCCAAGAGCACCCGGAGGAAGUCCUGUUCGCAAAACAGCGACUCAGGACGCCGCCAGCGGCGCGCGUCUGGAGGCCGACUUGGGGAGUGCCGGGGUGAUGCACACAGCGUGACGACCCCACUGUCGGCGUGUCACGAGGAGGAGGUAACGGUGGUUUCUGAGUCGCCUGGAGCCGAGGGACAGGAGCCUGCGGGCGAGGCUUGGGCGCUCACGAGGGAGAAGACCCGGAGGCGUGAGGAAGGGCGCAUGCGGGACGGCGCGGCCCGCGACAGAGAGCGCGCCCCCACGUUCCGGGGCCAAACCUUCUCGCCUUCAUCGACUUCGUCUCUGAUGUGGAGCAGCUCGAGUGAAUCGGGCGAGAGCGGUGGAGAGAGUGAGGACGCGGCAGCCACCGCGAGGGCGAGGCCCGCGCAAGGGCCCGGCGAGUCACAGUCGCUUGUGGGCGCACACGACAGCAGUGAGGGAGUGUCCGCCGCGGCCGGGGCUGGCGCUGCGAGGAGGCGAGCCGAGUCCCGUCUGCUGACGCAGCACUGGGACGAAGGCGGCUACUGCCAGCGCCAUGUUGAAGCGCUUGGACGCUACAUCAACAUGCGAGAGAUUGUCGAGCAUGGCACGAUGAUUUUCAACAGCUCGCCGAUGGCUGGGAUUCGCUUCCUGCAGCAGCAGAAUAUUCUUGAUGACAACAGUCUCUCGGUCGCGGCCUUCCUCCUCGCUACGGACGGGCUGGACAAGCGGAUGAUUGGCGAGCUGGUUGGGGGCCCAGACGCCGCGUCGAUCUCGUUCUUGAACGCCUUCUGUACCUUCAUGAGCUUCGCGAACAUGCCGGUGGACGAAGCCCUGCGCCAUUUCCUGACGUUCUUUUUCAUGCCUGGCGAGGCGCAAGUCAUCUUCCGCAUCCUGGAUCGCUUCGCGGCUGCAUACGCAAGAGACAACCCUGAGACGCCUCUGUCGCUGGAAAGUCUGCACGUCUUGGCUUACGCGCUUCUGAUUUUGAACACCUCUCUCCAUCAUCCGCGGCUCCAGUCGAAAGACAGAAAGGUCCUCCUCUCGCGCGCCGACUUCUUGAAGAUGGUCACCUGCGCAGGCGUCGAGCUGUCCGAACAAGAGCUGGGAGACACGUAUUCUCGCAUCCUGCUCCAGGAGUUCAAGACGUCUUUCUCCGCAUCUGAAAAGACCUACGCGCGUCUCUCGGCGGAGAAACCCGCAGGCGAGGGGGGCCCGCCGUCGGCCCUACGCCGUCCACGCGGCGGCAGCACUUGGGACGCGUACGGAUCGGUUCCAAGGUGCCACCGCUCUGUGCCAGCUCCGAGUGCCGGUCAGCUCGGCAGUCCGUGCCAAGGGCGUUUCUGUUCGCCGAAUCCGCAGGGAGGGCCGCGGCCCGUCUCUCAAGCCCCCCUCCAGUCCUUGGUGCUUCCGGAGGGCAUUCGCCGCAGCUGCGCGUUCCCGCUCGCGCACGCCGGAGCGUCGGCUUCGUCUGUAGACCCUCGGACUUGCCCAGAUCUCGGCACGAUGAGUGCGGCGGGCGCCGUCUCAGCUGCCGGCGCGGCCGGCCGUGUCGCCUGCCGCUCGCAGUGCGCCAAAUGCGGCAGCCCCCUCGGAGGUGUGCAGACGACCGGCGGCUCGCGGGGGGGGAUCCCCGGGGGGGCGUCGACGUGGACUUCGGUAGUCGUCGCAGCAGGCUCUGAAGCCGCGGCGACGGGGCAUCGGAGCGCCUCUCCCUGUCAAGGAGCGUCGGCGUCUCGUCGUCUCGGGGACGCGCAGCCUCUCGAGAGCGGGAAUGCUCCCUCCGCGACGCCUGCGUUUGAAGCAGCCAAGCCGGAGGCCGGCGAGAGCCUCGCGUCUCAGCGAGGGGGAGACAGCUGUCUGCCAGGUGGACACGACAACGGCGCACCACCGGAAGGAACGCGCACUGGGCGGCAGCUUGCCGAUGCUGCCGAAGGUCGUUCAGGCAUAGGCGAGGCCUGCGUCGAGCCGUCCACUGGCUAUCUCGUCCCCCAAGGAGGCACAGGGGCCAAGGACGAGCUGCAGCUUGUUCGCGGCGCACCGGCGUCGUCGGUGGCAGGCGCACCUUCUCGAAGGGGAUUUGGCGCCGACGCCGUCGCCUCGGCAAUCAGGCCUGCGACCUGUCCGUCAGUGGGCCCCUCCUCCGCCAGUCCGGCGAGGGAGGUUGGUGCGUCUGGCAGGGAGAGUCAGGUUUUGUCUGCUUCUGUUUUCGCAGGCCCGGGAGGCACAGCUGCUGUGCCGCAGGCUGCCUACCUCUCCUCGCUGGUCACCUCUUCGUUCUGGCUGUCUGCGCCUGCUGUGGAGGAAGUCCCGCAGCCUCCUGUCGCGCCGCCGGCGCUCAGUCUGGGCGGCUGGGCGCUCAAGGUUGCGGGCUUCGACGGGAUGGAAGGCAGGCGCAAAGCUUCCGGCGUGUCGCUGCGGCUGCAUAAGCGAUACGUGUGGAUUGAAGACGCGGAGUUGUGCUGGGGUCGGCGUCCGCCGACCGCCGCGGGGGGGCGGCGCCUCAGUCGGCCGGGCACUUCCUCGGCCCCCUGGGCCUGUCGCGCAGAGACUCGAAGCCCCCCGGCGGCCGGAGGGGACGAGCGGCCGGAUGCAGAGCGACCUCUCGAGGAGUUUUUCGUACCCUCGAGAGGUGGUGACCUCGGCGCCCGUGAGCAGGCGAGCGGCCCUGGAGAUCCGCUCGCGUCUGCGCUCAUGAGUGACAGGGCACGCAGCCGGAAGGGGCACGGGGGGGAAGGCCUCGCGCGCUGGCGCGUGGCGCCGGGAGGCGGCGGCGAAGGCCGCUCGCGUGCCAGCUGGCGCGCCGCGGCUGCGAGCUCACACAAUGGGGACAUGCAGACGCCCAAGCCGGCCGGUCUCUGCGCGGUUACUUCCGUGGCGGUCAGCAGCCAGCUUGGCGCAGAUGCGACGCGGAAAGAAGGCAGUCGAGGGCAACUGGAGCAGAUUGGAGAGACCUCGGGCGAAGGCGAGAGCAACGCGUCAGAUGACGACGGCGGCACCGAACUGGCCGUGCCUGCUGAGGCCUCUUCCGCCGCACGGCCCUCCGGCUGGACGAGUCGCAUUGCGUUGAAGGGGCUGCGAGUUCCGCGCAUAUUUGUGCCCAAUCCCUUCAAGAGAAACGUGGCGCACAGUUCCCCUGCGUUGCGGCCGUCUGACCGCGCCUCUGGCGGAGGCGUUCCCGGCGAGCCCACGAGCAACCUGUCGCGCAUGGAUGGCGCGUCACCCAAAGCACUCCGCGACGCCGGCGGGCGAGAUUCGCGAGGCCGCGCGGACGGGGACAGGGCCCUCCAAGGGGCGGCAUCUGGCGCGGGCUCGCCUGCAGUUCCACAGCCUGCUGCGUCGGAGCGUAUGGGUUCGAGUCCCGGCGGAGCCCCUUCGGGCAGCGGGGAAACUUACGGCGCGGGCGAGUGUCUGCCCCCCGAGAGCGGGGCGCCCUCUGCGGUGGCCGCUCCCUCCUCUGCCUCGGGCAGCAGCCCCGUCGGGUCCGUCGCGCUCACACAGGGGGCGGGGUCGCCUCUACUUGCGCCUCAAGCCGCGAGCGAGGGCCGGCCGAAGUCUCGUGCCGGCGCGUUGCCUGCGGCGCCGAUGCCUCCGGGCGGGGGCUGCGCGGGCUUCACAGACGCCGCGACCGCGUUGGGCGCGGCCCUGUCGCCCGCAGCGGCUCCGUUGGAUGUUCUGGGGGGCGUGCGUGGCUUUGGUGCGGAGGCUUCUCCGGGGCCUUCCUCAGGAGGCACUGUCCCUGGCCGUGGUGAAGCAGGAGUGAAGCGAGACACCUUCGCAGCUGUCGCCCAGAUGUGGCACCACACAUCCAUUUCGUGCCUGUCGGGCGACGUGCUGACGCCGGUGGGUGCCGCGCGUGGAGCUGGAGCCAGCGAAACGUCUCCGAACGACGGCGUGAGCACGGCCGCGGCUGCGGCCGCCUGCCCCACGGCGGCGUCGCUGGGGGUCCCUGCCACCGGCAUUGCGGUGGCUGGGCUCCAUGCGGCAGGCAGGAGUUCUCCCCGCAUGGGUUGCGCAUCAUCGAACUUGCCUACGUCUGCGGCUGGUUUGCGAGAGCGCGACGGAGCCCCGAGAGCCGGCGAAGGUUCUGCAGGCUCCACGCAUGCGGAGACGAGCGAUUUCACGCGACCGCAGGACGCGCCAGGGGUCCCGCGCCCAGGGAAGGGGAGGGCGUCCGAGCCCGCCAAAGCGAGGACGAGCAGCAACCGGGAGAGUAGCAACCACAGCGAGGGCCGCGUGCGUUCUCCUCACAGCAGCGCGGGGCUCCGUUUGAGGCGGAGACUUUCUUCGCUGCGUGGGCCCGACGCCGCGGCGGGGCCGACCCGCAAGGCGGAGGCGCGAGCCGAGGGAAGCAGAGCUGGCGCAGAGAAGAAGCCAGGCGCUCACCUCGGCUUCUUGGCGCGCCUCUUCCAGCCCGUCCUCGAUAUGGCCCAACCGGUUCUAGGCAUGGCACAACCUGUUCUAGGCAUGGUGCCCGUGCGCCGGUACCCUCUCAGCGAGCUCACGGAUGUUUAUCUGGGCGCCCCUGCGGAGAUUGCGGCAGGAAUCGAGAAGGCCGCAGUACCAUUCGCGGACCUCUUCGGCGACGGGGGGCUGUCUCAGCCUUUCUUCCUGGAAGGGCCCGCCUGGUGGCUUUCCUCGUGGCCGCCUCUCAUGCCGGGCAAGGGCGACCCCGGCGCGUGGAUGCCUUCGUGGUCUACGCCGUUUAUGCCUUUCGGCCGAGGGGACCCCGCGUUUCCUCGCGCCUCUCACGGCCACCCCGACAUCGGCCCCGGCGCUGUGUGCCUCACACUGUCUUUCGAGACGAAGCUCGUGAUUCUCGUUCUCCCCUACCACGCGCCAGGCGGACUCCCGGAUGACGCCGCGCUUCCCCCCGCGGGCUCGACGGCGAGUGCCUGCGCGUGUCUCUCGCCUUAUCGCCUCGCUCCGGCCGAGUCUAUCUUCGCUGUUUCGUCUGCCAGCGCGCCGCCAUCCGCUGAUUUGCCGCUCUGUCCCACGGUUGUCUGUCGCCAGCCUUCAGCGGGCUCUGCGUCCUUCGAGGCCGCGUGGAACCCCCACGCGGCCCAAUCUUCGGUUCCUUCGUCCGCCUGCUCGGCGGCCUCGGAGAGACAGCCUUCGAGCGCCCCUGCUGCCGAAGGCGACCCCCACGCAGAGGGGCUUCGCGCGCGAGGCGGCGGGUCGCCUCCUCGUGCCCACCUCGACCCCCCCACCGGCCCCGCGCCCGCUCCCGAGCAGCUCGCGGGUCCUUCAGGUGCGGCGCAGACCUUGGGCGAACCCGGCGGAGACGAAAGGGACUUGGACGCGCGUGGGGGAGCCGAAGUCGCGGAGCCCUCGAGUUCGUUCCACGCGCGGGGGAAGUCCCAGCGCCCCCUCUCUCCUCUUGCGGCGCAAGGUGGCUCGGCCAGGGGCAGAAAGGGGCUGGGCUCGAAGGCCCUCCAGGCAUUUCUGAGUGCAGGCGGGCCGCCUGCCCGCGCGGCCCUCGAGGGCGGUCGCGGAGACGAGCCGACCGCGCCCGGAGGAGGGCAACCUGACGCAGGCCCUGGGGGCGCGGCCCCGAGGGAAUCGAGCGAAGAAACCGGCGACGGCUGCGGGGGCAGGGAGCCCUCGUGGCCCGCGGCUGGCGGGGCUGUCGACCCUCUGGCACAGCAGCCGUGCGACGCGUCUUCGGUGCCCCUCUCCGCUCGCGCUGCGGAGACAGGCGCGCCGAGCGAGAGGCCGGCGAAGACUGACUUGGCGUCCGCAGACGCGAGUCGCGAGCCGAGUCGCGCCGCCCCGCCUGGCUGCUCCAGCGGCUAUGGCGGAGAGUCAGCGCAGUCUCUGCUUCAAGAACUGCCGCGCCAGCAUCACGGCCCUCCCGAGACCAGGCCACAGCCAGCGGAGGUCCCGGUGCCGCAGUCUCCGCGGCGACAGGAUGAGCAGCACGCCAUGGCGGCAUGCGAAGAUGUUCCAACAGCGAAGCAGAACGAAGGCGGAGCCGUCCGAGAGGACCCUGAGCGCCGCAGGCAGGCACUCGCCUCGAGGGGCUGCGCAGAGGGUCUGGCGCUGGAAGGGGGCGAGGGAGGCGGAAGCGUCAUCGGCGGCUCGGCGGGCUGGAAUGCGUCGAGCGUCCUCGACUGGCGACUGCUUUUCUCGUUCCUCCGAGACCAGCUCGAGUUCAACAGAGUCGUCCAGGCGCUGAAGGCGCAGAGAGAGGCGCACGUGGUGCGCGAGCUGAGGAAGCGGAUGGAGGACAGCAGAGAGACCGAAUGGGCGGAACAAAUCUUGCCGCGCCUGUUUCGCCACUGGGUGCUGACGCCGUCUCUCUCGUUUCUGAAGGAAGAAGCAGUCGCUUCCAGGGCACGCGCGCUCGGCGAGUCGCUUCUGUUAGUGCGUCGCCAGCAGCGGAGCCAAGCGCUUUGGCCGUAUGCGCCCGACGAGGCGCAGGGCGCCGGCGACGAGCGCGCAACUCUAGCAAACAAGCGCCUGUCCGAUGGCGUGUCCUGCGCUGAGCAGGCAGCCUCUUUCGAACACCGCGGCAGUGCUGCUGCCUCCGUCGUGACUCCGUCUUCCUCAGUGGAAAGGACUUCGGAGUCGAGACUACGAGAAGAGGACGAACGUCGCGCCAACGCAGGCAGGGCCGCGGCCCGCGGCCAGUCGCCCGCGGGGAAGCAGGCCCCGGCGAGGGACAGCCAGGAGCAGGAGAGUCGAUCGAGCAGCGGCGCCAGCCAGCCAGCCAGGCGCCAUAGCGGCAGACUGUAUGGGAGCGGAAAGCUGGGCAGCAUGCGGAUGUCCGCCGAAGACCUCAGGUGGCAGCAAGCGUGGAAGCGGCAUGCGCCGCAAAUUAGUGGCUCAGACGACGACGGCGAGGCGGCGGGCCUUUCGCCUCGGUCAAGGGCCAACGCCACAGGCGAGGCUUCCAGCCCGGAUUUCGAAGAGGUAGCGAGACAGGCCGGCGCGGAGACUGGCGCCCACGCCGCGUACCACGCCGUGCGCACAGACGGCCUCGAGGACUUGCACGUGUCCGCGCAGCUUCUUCUCCUAUGGCAGGCGGGUCUGCCAGCCAGUCUGCGGGGUUUUCUCUGGUCUUUAGCUCUCCCAGGCGCCUCGUCGCUUGACAAGUGCGCCUGGCGUCGCAAUCCGUUCAUGCGCGCAGGCUGUCCCUCGGCCGCCUGGAGCAGCAGCGGCAGCGCAGGGGAGUGCGCGGCCCGCCGAGGAGGCAGCAUCGCGCAGCGGUCGCUCGCGUCGGUCUCGACAACCGAUGUGAGCCGCGUGGGGAGCAGCACCAGCAGCGCGAGUGGGGGCAGGGGUGACUGUUCGAGUCGCGCCCGACAGCCUCCCCCGGGGACUGCCGAGCUCGCGAAGCACGGCCGAAAGAUCUGGAGGAUCGACGAAGCUGCGGAGCGCCUCGACGGCGAGGAGGCGCCGCCGGGCCUCGAGGCCUCAGGGUUCCCUCUCGCCUGCUCUGACGCAGAGGAGGCGAGCUGGGCGGAGAUUUACAUGGAGCUGCGAGCGCGCGCAGAGGCAGUCAAGCAGCUUCACGCGCUGCUGCAGCAGCGCCGGUGCGGGCCCGUCGGGUCUCACCUCCGGCACUCCUCGAACGAUGCCUUCAGUGCGCACACCCCCGCGGCUCUCGUUCACCCCAGGGGACCGCGCAGCGAACGGGGGCCGUGGGGUGGAGACCUGUCGACCGCGGAGCGACCCGAGUCCGCAGGAGCGGACGGCUCCACGCAGCCGGCAGACAUCCCUUCAGAGGAAGCCGGCGUCCAGCCGCGAGUCCUGCUUGAUCUGAAACUUAGCUCGCGGGCGGGCGCGGCCGCGCGGCCUGGGUCUGCUCCACCUGCUGACUCGCUCGACGCCGCCGCACAGGUUCCGGCGGGGACCUCGGGACGAGCCUCAGAGGAAGCGAGAGAGGGGGUUCGCCCCUCGGGACCCGGGUCGCCAGAAAUACAGGUCUGGAAGCCGCAGGCUUUGGGGGCUGGACUCGGAGGAAGACAGAGUAUGGACUUCCGUAUCGAGGAGGGCGCCGACCCCAACCACGACGUGUCGGACGACGCUCCGGCUGGCUCUGCAUCAAGCGGGUCUGCCGCACAAUCGGCGAGGCGUGCGCAGCCCGAUGUAAACCUUCCCGUCCGAGGCGCGCAGGAGCAGCUGGAGGCUGGCGUAGGCCCCCCCCACGCACAUCUGGCCUCAUCGCAGACGCGGUCCUUCGCGGGCGCUGACCGCGGACGCAGUCCGGACGUGGCGAGCGAAAAAAAUACACAGUCGGCAGUAGUGCGCGGGUCCGAUGUGAAGGAGAACAGCGCGCCUGCGACCCAGAAGGCGAACCCUCUCCCAGACCAAGGCUCUGGAGCCCAGGAGACUCGAGCCGCAAAGGGGCGCCUCGACGCGAGCGCGCAUGCCGACACGCGAUCCGAUGCGUCGUGUCCUCUGUCUGGCCCCAAGAGCGUCGCAUCCUGUGGCGAGACACGCGGCCGCUGCCGAGUCUCGGCGGCGGAUGGGGCGGCUCGCGCGCACUUCUCUCGCCUCCAGAGAGAUCUCCCCGGCACGUACCCGCUUCUGCUGCGCCUUCCUGAGGGCGUGGCGACCGCGGAGCCCGUCCUCGCGGCUGGCGCAGCCCUGGAGCUUCUGGCUUCGCUGGAGGGGCCCGUCGCAGAGUGCGUCUGCACGUGCAGCGGCUCGGGCGCUGCGCCAGCAUGUGCGGAGUCGCACGGCUUCGCCCCGUGCUUCGGCGCCUUCCUUCGAGCCGCGGGUUUCGGCGCAACGUGCGCGGGCGGGGCGCCGGGGGCCCCAUGCGGCUGUGGGGCACCAAGCUCUCAGCGGGUUGGGUUUCCGUGGGGCCAGCCGCAUGCGUGUCCGCCGCUGUGCACGGCGUGCUGCCAGUGCCGGCGCUGUCAGAUCGCGGAAGAAACCGCGAAGCAAGCGCGAGCAGGGGCAGCGCUCGAGAGCGACUGGCGUGAGUCGGCGGACGCGACGCAGUUGGCCGCUGAGGGCGUGUCGGACGGCGCACUCCGCGCUUCCUCCUCCUCUGGGCGCCAAGGCUCUCUCAGCCACGGCUCCCCGGGAGGCGCGCGUCUCGACUCCGGCUCCACACAGACAGAGCGCGAGGACGGGGACGCGUCUGCGGACUUCUUGAGUCUGGCGUCCUUCCGCGUCAUGGCUGCGCUGGACGAGUCGGAUGACGAGGGCGCGGCGUGCGGCUUCGGCGCGGCUGAAAAUGACGUGGGCAGGCCGGCCUCCCCGUGGCCCCCGCCACGAGGCAACCGCCGGCCGCCUGAAGUGCAGGCGCCCCACGACGAGCCGCGGGUCACGCAGGCCGCGGGAUCUGAACCGAGCAGUCCGCUGAGCGCUGCGGCGCGGGGCGCACAGGGUACCGAGGGGGCCGGGAGGUGCCGCAGCGCGCCGUCGAGACCGACCCAGGGCCUGCCGCCGCUCGAGCCCCUCGAGGCGACAGCCGCGGGGUCGUCGUGCGAGGCGAUUUCCACCCGCCGCAGCGGCUCAGGGAAGUUGGCGGAGAAGACCGUGUGCUUCUGCCCCAGGUGUUCGAUUGCUGCAGGCGCGGCUGAAGUCGUCGAGUGCGUGGUCCUGCAUAUGCCCACGAUCGGAUACGUGCAAGGCAUGGCAGCCGUUGCUGCUGUACUUCUGUUCUUCGUGGAGCGCGAGAAGGCAUUCGUUCUAAUGGUGCAAAUGCUUCAGCUGCAGCCGCUGCCAGACUUCUUCAUGAUGAGUUCCUUGGGAAAAAGAACUCUUCGCCACCAUCUGUCAGCGUUCAAGCGCCUCUUGGCCGCCCUCCUCCCGGACUUGUCUGAACACUUCACCAGUCUCCACUUGUCUCCGUCCUUCUACUUGCUGCCGUGGGUGCUUUCUCUUUUCACCUCGGCUCUCCCCCUUCACAUCGUCGUCCGCGUCUGGGACUGUUUCAUUCUCGCGGGAGGCGGACGCGACACUCUGUUCCAGAUUGCGCUUGCGAUUCUGCACUACUACGACGACGCCCUCAAACGAUGCUCCUUCGAGGGAUGCGUCGCACUCUUGAGCAGGCAGAACUGGCGGGCGUCCGCCGGGACCGCUUUCGAUGAGGACCGCUUCUUCGCAGGGCUACGAUGGGUUGAGAAGCAGUGGCUAGAGAUUGAAGGCGCAUGA